UGCCAACCGCCGUUAAAAAAGAAGAAGGAGUAGUAGUAGCGGAAGCGAGUUGGGCUCGUUGAGACGUUGCGAUAAUGCAAAGAUUUGCAUUGUCUUAAACUUGACGAAGAUUCAAAAUGAGCGGAGAGAUCUCCGGGAUUAACAACUCAAAUAUGUGUGACAAUUUUGUAAUGAUGGAGUUUAUUAAAGUGGAGAUUGUAGAUAUGAGUGAUCUAGAACAAUGCAGAGUGAAAGAUGAAGAUACUGAGGAACAAAGAGAACUGGUGGAGGUGAAAGAGGAAAGUCAAGAACUGAAUGAACAUCAGCAUCAGGUACAUUUCAUAAGUGGAGAAAAAUCUUCCCCACAGGCUCAAACAUUCACCUGCCCUCAAUGUGAAAAGUGUUUCACAUGUAAAGAACUCUUUAGUGAUCACAUAAGGAUUCAUACCGGAGAGAAGUUGUUCUCGUGCCGUUACUGUGAUAAGAGUUUCACUCACAAUGGACACCUUAAGGAUCACAUUAGAAGUCAUACCGGAGAACGGCCUUACCGAUGUGACCAGUGUGGCAAGAGUUUCACUCAAAGAGGACAUCUUACUGAUCACAUUAGAAUUCACACUGCAGAGAAGCCUUUCAAAUGCCAGCAGUGUGGAAAGAGUUUCAUUCAAAAAGGCCACCUUAAGAGUCACAUGAGAGUUCACACUGGAGAGAAGCCAUUUAUCUGUCAGCAGUGCGGGAAGAGCUUCACAAAUCAAGGAAACCUCAUGAGUCAUAUAAAACUACAUUCUGGAGAGAAAUUACACCACUGCUCUCAGUGUGGCAAGAGUUUCUCUGGGGCAUCACUGCUCAAAAAACACCUGCUUUAUCACUUUGGAGAGAGGCCGUUUAGCUGUGAUCAGUGCAGCCAAACUUUUUUUUUUGCAUCACAGCUAAAGAGACACCUGAAAGUACAUGCAAAUGAGAGGCCCUACACAUGUUCUUUUUGUGAUAAGAGCUUUGUAUGGUUCCACAAUUUAAAAGACCACUACAAAACACACACUGGUAUGAAAGAUCAUGUGUGCUUUGAGUGUGGGAAAGCCUUUAGCAGAGCCAACUAUUUGGAACAACACCAAAACACCCAUACAGGAAUAUCACCUUACAAGUGUUCAUACUGCGAUAAGAGUUUUAAAGUUUCGGGGUCCCUAAAAGCGCAUGAAAGAAUACAUACUGGAGAGAAUCUGUUUCACUGCCUUACAUGUGGGAAGACCUUCACUCAUUCAGGACACAUGAAAGAUCAUGAGAGAGUGCAUACCGGAGAGAAACCCUACAAAUGCCCGCAGUGUGGCAAGGGUUUUGCCACAUCAAGUAAUCUACAGAUUCAUAAAAAACAGCAUUGUCCAAAGUUGUUACACUGAGCAAAGUUCAUCCUCAGGUCCAAACACUUCCAUGUUUUAAUGAAAUUAGUUUUCUAGGGCCCUGUGAUUUCCAUGAUGCGAAAAUCUGGGAAUCAAAUCAAAAAUAUAUUUUUGGAUGAAUAAAUCAAAAGUAGUGCUGUACACUUAAACAAAUUGUUAGUGUAUGUGAAUAUUAAAUCAAUUGCUAUUGAAAUAUGAAGUCUGCAUGUCUCUGUGUGAAUGAGUGGUGCAGUUUAAUGUACUACACACAUUCAAUACAACACAGAAUUUCUUAAAGUAUAUUUAAAAAGUUUUAUGAAUUGAUUAGACAUGCUUUUUGAUUAAUACAUUUUUUUUAAACCAUUAAACAUGAAUUGUUGUUAAAAUUGUAAAAGUUCUAUAAUCUUCACUUAUUAAAGGAACUGUUAACCCAAAAAUGAAAAUUAUCCUAUGAGUUACUCACUCUCAAGCCUACCUAGGUGUAUAUUCUUUCAGACAAACAGAAUCGGAGAUAUAUUUAAAAAUAUCCUUAGUCCUUAGUUUAUAAUG